AUGCUGCUGAAACCAGCGACACCUCUCUCCGUGCUACUAUUCAUUGCUUUUGCGCUGCUAUUGUUGUCUACCCUCUCAACCCCCGUUAUCAAAGCGAUUCCGUUAGCGACCUAUCAAAAUGUCGAUUUUGGCGUAUUUGGAUAUUGCAGGGGAUCACAGUGCAUAGCAGCUCGGGUCGGAUACGACACUGAAAACAUCUUUGGCACCAACGAGAGCGACAAUGGCGACUUUAAUCUUCCGUCUAGCGCUCGAAACUCCCUCUCCGCCAUCCUGGUCGUUCAUCCCGUGGCCGCCUUUCUCACUCUGGUCUGUUUUAUCAUGGCCGCGACCUCUCACCUUCACUCACCCUCCCAUUCGCCACGAUAUCUGCUCGCUCUUUUGAUUCUUCUCCUACCAACGGUUUUGGUCAGCUUGUUGGCCUUUUUAGUCGAUAUUCUCUUGUUCGUACCGCAUCUUCAAUGGGGAGGAUGGAUAGUUCUCGCUGCGACGAUCAUUCUCGUUGCAUGCGGAGUUGUCACAUGUGCCAUGCGUCGCACUUUGGUCAGUCGCAAAGCCCGCAAGAAGCUCGUCGCAGAAAACGCAGAAAUGAGCGGCGAGAACUUUUACAAUCGCCAACGCGCCGAAGCUGUGGCUGCACAGCUUGCUGAAGCAGAGUCCCCACCUCCACUGCCUAUCAAUACCGAUGUAAAGGCUCCGUUAAUUACUGGGAAUUCGCAUUCAGAUUCAGCUCCAACUUUUUCGACGUAUGCUUCGAGUCGCAACACCGAUGAAAUUCCUUUGACUAGCGGAGAGGAACCUGGAUUCUACGAAAAUUCUUCGCGACCGAUGCGACCGGGAUACCAUGGACCGCGAGACGAAUAUGGAAAUCCAAUCCCCCCUGGAGCUACAGGCCCCGUUGACGCCGGUAUGGUCAGGUCGAAUUCCGAUCGGACCUUGCAAAAUCAGUAUUCAGACGGCAGUCUUGGCUCUCGAAGAGGACCUCAAGGAUAUGGCCCGCCUGGACAACCCCCUCGAGGUCGCGGCUAUCCUCCUCGCGGUGGAUAUGGACGAGGAGGACCUGGUCCGUAUGGCGGUCGUGGUGGUGGACGCGGACCUCCACCAAAUGGCCGAGGUGGUUCCAUGCGUGGUGGAAUGAGGCCUCCUCCUGGCGGUGUUCCUCGCAAUCGCGGCCCUCCACCGGGUUAUCCCCCACGGGGUGGUGGACCAGGCGGAUACGAUCAGUAUGCAGCCGGCAUUGGUCGACGACCAUCUGACGGAGCACCCUACGGCCCUGGUCCUACUCGCAGCAAUUCAAACAAUUACUCACGGCCGUAUGGUCCCGACCAAGCGCGCAAUCCGUCUGCUUCACAGCCAAACAUAGAAAUGGGCGAGGGUGGUGGAAUUGAAAUGAUGCCUCAAUAUAGCGAGCCAAACUUGCGUGUCAGGAACGUUGAUUUGCCAGAGCCACAACGAUUCUCCAAUAACGAAUCUCUCCCAAGUCCAACUAGUGAAUAUAGCAAUGAACAAUAUGUACCAUCACGCGCAGCAUGGCAACGUGGUCCCGAACCGGGCAUGAACAAUAGCCCUGCUCACACGCAACAACGACCAGGCGAUCAGUAUUACGAGGAUGUUGGACCGCAGUUCACAGAGGAAAAUAACACCGGCGGCAACGGCGUGCCCUCGGUGCUCAUGCCAGGAAGACCAGCUGGUGAGCUCCACCACCCAUCUCCACCAUCACCACCACCACCACCCAUCAAAAUCCCCGGCGAAACCGCCCGUGAUCUUGGACCUGGCUCACCAGCUAUUAGCGAUGUAAGUCAAGGCAGUCAUUUCACAUCAAUAUCGGAACGGCCCAUAAACCCGAGAUGGCAAGGCCCGCCUCCUCCUUCAGUGCCAGCGACGAACCGAGGACCGCGAAUGCAGGAUAUGCUGCUGGAAGGAAAUCCAGAUUUUCAGCUUCCCGGCGCGAUUCCUCGAGGUGGGCGCGGUGGAGCGCCAAGAUAUGGCCGGGGAGCAGGCCGGAUGACGCCCGUGACUGAGAAUUCGGGAAAUCGAUAUCCAUUAUGA